AAAGAUAAUCCUGGGUGAAGUGAAGGUUGAAAUAAGCUAAGUCAAUAAGUUUAAAGCAGGAGUUACGUCAAAUUGACUGAAUUCCUAUUUUGUCCUUCAUAUUGAAGCGUCUCUGUAUAUUUGAGUCGUGUAAGUGAUGCAACUUCACAAACAUGAGCCCAUUCAGUCUUGUUUGUCCUCGUGUUUUUGUGGAGUUGUGAAAUAUCAUCAAUGUCCUAAGUCCACAUUUAACCAAGAGCUCUGUUCAUAACUAGCACAUCCACAAAAUAAACCCCUCGAGCUGUUCUUUUUUUUUUUUCUUCCUCUGUUAUUUUCAAAUUGCUGUCAGUCGAGUGCAGCGCCAGCAGCUGCUGUGUAUUGAUUUCUGGGAAGAUUACACAUUAAUGAACAUGUAAGAGUCUGACCUCAUGUUUCCUUGGUACUAUGACUAACAAGGUCUGCACAGAAAUACAAGAAUAUGCUGUUUCUGUAUGUCUUCUGCUGACCUUUUCCAUGCAGCUUUAGCUCCACUCUUGUUAUAAAUUGAUGUUUGGUCAGAUUAUUUGUUAUCUAUUUUUACACUGUCUCUGUUAUAUGUUACAAAUCUACAUCUGUAGAGUUGUGCUUUAUAAUUCCCCUGUAGGCUAACCUUUAUUUAAACAGGAAGGAGACCCUGACUAUAGUAUAUAAAACUAUUUAAGCACCAAAGUCACAGUGUACAACAGAUUAUACAGCAAACAGGCCAAAUACAUCAACACAAGUGACAACACCAAUACAAAGAAAACACUGGCAUUCACACUGUUAGUGAUGUACUGAUACUGAUAGUGUCAUUCAUGCAGUAGGAAGCUCAAGGUCCAUGCAUUCAUCCAGUUGUUAAAUGAUUGUAUUCAGAUUUCCAUCAGAAAAACACGGAGUUUGAGGACAAGAGGCACCUUUAUAAAUAUGUUGUGGUGUGUUUUAUUGUUACAUGUGAAUUCUCAUAGUAAAGUUAAAAGGUAGCAAUUAACUUAAACCAGUAAACACAGCAGCACUAGAUCGCUUUGUGGCCAUCUGUUUUGAAUCCAUGAUCGUGACGCAUUUUCCGUGACGCAUCUCCGUGAUACCUGACUCCAGUGACGGGAAGGAGGCGCCGUGAAACUGAGGAGGAGGCGCAUUGGUUUGAGUAUUAGAAGUCAACCUCAUUCUUCAUUGACACUUUCUAAACUUUCUUCAUCCAACCCGUGACAUGUCGACCACCGGCGGCUCCCUCGCCUCUGAGGGGUUUUACUCCAAACUGAUAGACGACGAGCCCGUGCAGUAUGACUACAACCACCGCAGCCCAGAUGUGGGACACAGAGCUCACCCAGUCUCUCCAGUCAAACUGAACCUGGGUGCGAAGGCCCCGGGGCCCUUCCGUCUUGCUACCAUCUGCCUGGCUACGCUCUGUGUUGUCCUGCUGAUCUCCAUCAUAGCCGUCACUGCACACUACAAAAGCAAACCACAGGGUGGCAGUGAAGCGACCUCAGAGUUGCAGAAGCAAACGCAGGAGGCAAAGGUGUCGGAUCUGAUCAACGCCAUCAGCAAACUGCAGCAGGAGAAUGUCCAGCUACAGAAGGAGAAGGACGAGCUGCUGGCCAAACUGGCUGCCAAGGGGGCCACUACAGCUCCACACGUUGUCAAACCGACAGUGAAGGUGUCAACGCCAAUGUCAACAUCAACGCCAGCAUCAUCUAUUAUCUGUCCGACAGGCUGGCACCGCUUUGGCAACAGCUGUUACUUCGUCUCCAGGACUGAGCGGUCCUCUUGGUCAGGCAGUAAGACUCGCUGCCAGAGAAAAGGAGGUCACCUAGCCAUCAUUCACACAGCGGCGGAGCAGACAUUCGUAUGGAAUCUUCUUACCAGAGGUUACUGGAACGCUUACUGGUUUGGAAUCACUGACGAACACGCAGAGGAUGAUUGGAAAUGGGUCGAUGGCACUCCGGUGGUUACAACUUUCUGGGAGUACGGCGAGCCCAACAACCACAACGAGGAGGACUGUGGCUACAUCGUUAAAACAGACGUUAUGACACGAGUGGCGAUACGGAGCUGGUACGACGCCCCGUGUAGCAUGAAUUUGCCUUUUAUCUGUGAGAAGGAGAUGGUUCCCAGCUCCAGCACCUCCACAUCACAGUGAGACAUCAACAUCUGAGAGAAACACAAGGAACCAGUCAGUUUGGCAAAUAAAAUUAAAAAGACUAUCUCUUCAUUUUCCCUUAAAAACUGGGACAGAUAUGCUCUUAAAUUUUAAUUCCCAUGUUGACAUCAGAUAUUGAAGCUCACCCAUAACAGGAAGAACUUCAGCUAUAAUACAUUAAAUGAAUAUAUAGUACUUUAGACAUUUUUGUGAAUGGUCAGCUCUGCCCAGAAGAUGCACACAAGCACAAUCAGUUUAUUUAACUGAAAACUGAUUAAUUAAUUUUUUUAAACCUUUUUUUACACAUUUUAUUUGAUUUUGUAAUAUUAUAAUGAAAUCGCUCAGAAAUAACACAAAAUUGUGAUUUUGCCAAAUCUCAUUUAGUAGCCUACAUUGCUUUUUUGCAACAUGUGCCAGCUAUAACUAUACAUUACGUCCACAAUUUACAAAAAUCUUAAAAGCCAUAAAAUUUUAUAGCAAUAAUAUAAACAAAUAUUUCACGCCCGCAUUUUCUCUCAAACUGGCUGGACAUAGGAGAGCAUCACAAUGUCAUGUGUCAAAAUUAAAUGUUGACGAUGCUGCGAUUAGUCCUCUUCCACAUAGACAUGAAAAGGAAGUAAAGACUGUUUGUACUUCAUCAUAUAGUAGUUAAAAUCACAUUACAUUUGCAUUUAUUCCAUUUGUUUCCCUGCACCAAGCCUAAGGCCCAUUUAUGCUCAACGGACAUACGAAAAUGUAUCCGUCCGUUUCAAACGAUGUUACCGUCACUGCUCACAUACUUCCAUGCCUCCUUUACGUUGGCAUGGAUGUUAACCAAUACAUCCACCAGGGGGCAGCACAGAAUCAAACGUUUAUAACAACAACAAACUCAACAAGAAACAUGGCGACUGUGGAGGAGAUAUAGAUAAUGUUCCUCUUACAUAAAAGACAAAAACGAUAUGUUUAAAGUUUCUAACCAACUCGCAAAACCUUUCCUCAAAAAGUUCCUCCAUUGUUAUUUCUUCUUCGUGUCUCACUAGAGCUACGUAUCGAGUAGUGACAGCAACACUGCCCCCCCCCCAUGGUUUCCGGUGGUACUGCUCCGUUUGGUCCGUAUCCGUAAGCUUUAUGGAAACGUGCAGAAAUAUGGACGCAGAGCACGGACAGAAGGCUCCGUCCGUAUCCGUAUCCGUAUUUAACGUUGAGCAUAAAUGGGUCGGGCUUAAAAAGGUCAUGAUGUCUCAGAUUGGACUGAAGAGAUAGAUAGAUUUUCAUUUUACUUUUGCACUAAUAAUGAAUCAUCUGUAAUGUCUUUAAAAAAGGUGAGCGGCUGCAGUUGGUUGGUCAUUUAGUCUACCAGUUUACAAUUUUUUACCACAAACAUUUGCAAUGCUUCAUAUUCCAACAAAAAUCCUCAGAUGAGUCACUUCACAGCAGGACUGCGGUGUUUCCACGGCUUUACGGGACCAAAGGUGUUACAUAGUUAAGGUGCUAAAGUGCAUCUGUGCCUAAAAUUACAUAAAUAGGCUAUAUUAUUAUAUUUUUACAUGAUUCUGUUUUAGAAUUUAUAGAUUUAUUGAUUCAAGAGAACUAUUAAUGUUUUGUUGACUCUUUUAUAAUCUGGUGAAGAGCUCUUUUUUACUUUUUAAUCAUACUGAAUGUACAUGAUUAUAUUUUACCAGUGCGUGAAACACAUAUCAUGAUGUUAUAUGAUAUGAUGUAUGGUCGUGAAAUCAUCGAGAAUGAAUUAAUUGAAUGAAUGAUCUGAUUCUGAUUAUAUGCACUCUUCAGACUUUAGUAUUUGCUCAGUUGAUUGAGUCGUUUUUACUGCAUCAUAAAUCAAAUAUGUAGAAUUUAUGCAGAAUUUAUGUAUCCUGUGGAUCUUGUAAAUAAAUAAAGACAAUUGUUUUAUA